AGAUACUUUCUCUCGAAUCUUCUUCUUCAGAAAGAAAAAAAGAGAAAAGAAAACACGACAAUUGUCUUCUCUUCUCGAAGGUGCGUUAGGGUUCCGAUCUAAUCAUGGCGGACUCUCUUUUGAUGGAGGUUAACUAUCGCCGGCCUGAAAAGAUUCCGAAGUUGGACGAAGAUUGUGAAGGAUCGGAAUCUUCGUCGAAACAGCGCGUGGUCAAGUGGGGAACAGCGGAAGAUGAUGAAUACUUGCGACAGUAUUUGUUGUUUCACUAUCAAUUCCAGAAAACUCAGGGUUUCUCGAUUAAAUGGGAGCAAUUUGAUUACAAUUUUCGUAGUAGAUCAAUGGAUAAGUCUCCAAAUGAAAUCAGCGAGAGAAAAAGCAAUGCCGUAUUGAUCCGUGAGAUGACACUCACUGCUAUCGACAAACACAACGAAGCUCAUGGAACCAAACUUGUGUUUGUGGAGCAUGUUGAGGCAAAUUACCAAUUGACCAGAGGUCUUACCUGCUGGUUAACAUUUUGGGCUACAGAUAUGGCCUCUUCCCCUCCACAGUCUAAAAUCUAUCAAGCACAUGUGUGGCGUCGCGGACAAAACUUUCACACUUUUAUAUUCAGGCUCAAGCCCACAGAUGAAGAGAUUGAAGCUGUUGAAGUGCAGCCACCGUCUCCCAUGCUUUAUGAAUUAGAUAAACCACCGAUUGUCUUUUCUCGACCUGGUCCUGAAGAUGAAGCAUUGCCUGGUGUCCCCUUUGUCUUCAAUCGAACUGGAGCUGGUCUUGACCCCGAUUGGUAGAGUAUGCUCUUGAUCCCGAUAGGAUAAUGUAUGCCAGUCCCUUUUUGGCAUUGACUAGUAAUAUUUCUAAUGUAAGUCGUCGGUUUGGAAAUUUUGUUACUUGGUCAAACUUUUUUACAAGGAAAUUAUGUACUAUCACUUAUCCAUAGA